AUGGAUGUGGAGAUGAGCUGCGCGGCGCCGGAGGCGGCGGUCUCCGUCGACUGGCGCGGCCGGCGGCGCGGCAGCAUGCGCGCCGCCGUCUUCGUCCUAGGCAUCCAGGCGUUGGAGAUCAUGUCGAUCGCGGCGGUGGGGAACAACCUCAUCACGUACGUGUUCGGGGAGAUGCACUUCCCGCUGUCGCAGGCGGCCAACGUGGUGACCAACUUCGUCGGCACCAUCUUCCUCCUCGCCCUCCUCGGGGGGUUCCUCUCCGACUCCUACCUCGGCUGCUUCUGGACCAUGCUCAUCUUCGGCUUCGUCGAGCUCUCGGGGUUCAUACUACUGUCACUGCAAGCGCACCUGCCGCAGCUGAAGCCGCCGCCGUGCAACAUGGCCACGGACGUCGGCGGCGGGUGCGAGAAGGCCAGCGGCUUCAAGUCCACCGUCUUCUUCCUGGCGCUGUACCUGGUGGCGCUGGGCAGCGGCUGCCUGAAGCCCAACAUGAUCGCGCACGGCGCGGACCAGUUCGACGACGGCGCCACCCCGGGCGGGGCCCGGAGGCUGCCGACCUACUUCAACGCGGCCUACUUCAGCUUCUGCGCGGGCGAGCUGGUCGCGCUCACGGCGCUGGUCUGGGUGCAGACGCACUCCGGCAUGGACGUCGGCUUCGGCGUCUCCGCGGUCGCCAUGGCGGCCGGGCUCGUCUGCCUCGUGUCCGGCGCUGCCUUCUACCGGAAUAAGCCUCCGCGGGGCAGCAUUUUCACACCCAUUGCAAGGGUGAGUCAGCCUGCUCUCAACUUCGAAACUGAGAUAGUGAGAUUAUACUACGCUGAGCUCACUUUCAGAGUUUCAGUAUGGUUUUCGUCGCUGCCUUCACCAAGAGGAAGCAAGUCUGCCCUUCCAACUCAAAUUCUGUCAAUGCCGGAGCUUGCGAGCCAGCACGCCUCGCCGGCAACUUCCGCCACAGCAACAAAUUCAGGGGAGAACGAAAAUGAUGAAUUUUGUAGGUUCCUGGACAAGGCCUGCAUCCCGGUAGCGCCGCAGGGGCCGAACACGAAGCCGGAGAGCCCGUGGCGGCUGUGCACGGCGGCGCAGGUGCAGCAGGCGAAGACGCUCCUCUCCGUGACGCCCAUCUUCGCGUGCACCAUCGUCUUCAACACCGUGCUCGCGCAGCUGCAGACCUUCUCGGUGCAGCAGGGCAGCGCCAUGGACACCGCGCUCCCGCCGGGGUCAGGCUCCUUCCGCAUCCCGCCGGCGUCGCUGCAGGCCAUCCCUUACGCCAUGCUGCUGGCGCUCGUCCCGGCCUACGAGCUCCUCCUCGUCCCGCUCAUGAAGCGCCUCACGGGCACCCGGUCCGGGAUCACCCCGCUCCAGCGGAUCGGCGUCGGCCUCGGCACCGUCGCGUUCUCCAUGGUCGCGGCGGCCGACGUCGAGCGCAGGCGCCGGGACGCCGCCGCGGAGGGCCGUCAGAUGUCCGUGCUGUGGAUCGUGCCGCAGUUCCUCGUCUUCGGCGUGUCCGAGAUGUUCACCGCCGUGGGGCUCAUCGAGUUCUUCUACAAGCAGGCGUGCGCCGGCGGCAUGCAGGCCUUCCUCACGGCGCUCACGUACUGCUCCUACGCGUUCGGGUUCUACCUCAGCUCGGUGCUCGUCUCGCUAGUGAACAGGGUCACGGCGAGGCACGGCGGCGGUGGCUGGCUCGUAGACAACGACCUGAACAAGGAUAGGCUGGACCUCUUCUACUGGAUGCUCGCCGCGCUCAGCGUGCUCAACUUCUUCUGCUACCUGCUCUGUGCGAGGUGGUACAAUGCUGGCGCAGAUGGUUCCGAGGCAGCUGCCUCUGCUGGUCAGGUGGCGUCAGAGGUUGAUGAUGGCAAGGAGAUCAUCUGA